AAUAGAGGCUUCUUUUUAAUUUGUUUUAUUCUAAAGGCUGAAAUUACGUCUUCAACCAGCAGAGGGCGCGUGAGCUUCAUUUCCCCCUGACCUCGUGCACAACGUUACUUUUCAAUGCACAUUGCGUAACAGCAUGCAGGAUACAGAUAGAAACCCUUUAGAGCUGUCAGGAUGGCUAUUGAUAGAGCAUUUAAAAAGCUGCGCUGAGAUGGCAAAUUCCGAUUAAACAUGCCUGUUAUUAAUAUUAUAUACGUUUGUUAUUCGAUGGUAUUUUACUCUGACCAGUGAGAGAUGGAGGUGUCACUGCUCAGCCAGACAGACUAAACAUAAAAAAAAAAACGCAGAUCAAAAUCAUUGUACUCAGACAGUCUGAGUGGCAAACAACAUGGCGUCUACAAAUGCCUCGUUCAUCACAUUACAGCAGCUUAAUGUAUUGUGUAGCAUUUAGUAAACAAUAACUUUAAAAUGACUAUUCCCACAGCAUGUAAUGGUUUGACUAGUAACCUAUAUUUUAAAUAUCUUCAUUCGACCUCCUGCUGUAUUUAAUGUAGGACAUGUUUCGAUUUCUACAUCUCUAAGCCUUUAGAAGUCGAGUUGAUGCAUAAAACGUGCAAAUACAGGAUACAGGUUUUAUUUUUUAUAAACGAUAAAUAGAACAGGAUGGACCCAUGGCAGAGCCAGGACUGAAAUCUUACUCCACACACUGGAAGUGUUGCUGCCUUCACGUGCUGUGGGACAUAUCGGUUGUUAGUUGGGUGAGUUAAACUCCCAGGAUGCAAUACAAUUCACCUCGUGGCAGCACAGGUGCAAAAUAAAGGGAAUUAAAAUUAAAUAGAUUAAAAAAAGGAAAGUAGAAAGCUACGUUACAUAAAUUACCUUAUCUUAAAAAUAUAUUCCGUAAUAACAUAUUUUCAUAGGGGUAAUUUAUUAUUAUUGCUCAUUCCGUGUGCUUUUUGUUUAUUGUUAUGAUUAUCCAACAUGUCACUGUAUCUAUGGUAUAGUUUAAACAAUGUACGUUCAUUUUCUAUAUUAUAUAUAACGGUCUCUACACAUGUGUUGCAAUUCGUUUAGUUUGAGUUCAGUUUGUAGUUAAUGUUAUAUUUAUGUUUAAUAAUCUUGUUACAGUCUCCCAGUUGCAUUAAUAGAGUACUUUGUACCAUUAAAUUCGGCGUAGAGCACCGAAAUACACACGAGGUAGGCGGGUGCUCUUGUGUCGGAGUCCGGGCUCGGUCCGUGAACGCACCAGCACUCCAGAGUACUAGUACAGCGGUGAGUGACAGUCCCGCUCCACGGAAGCUGCUCCGCUCCUCUCCACAUCGACGAGACCCGAGCAGGGCAGGGCAGGGGCGAGGGCAGACAGGCAGACAGGCGGAGAGUGAGACAGGCUGCAGCAGGCUGGGCUCCGUGCGCGUGCGAUGUGCAGUAAAUGGGAUUAAACCGCUCAGACGUCGCUCGAGCCACGCGCAGCAGCAGCAGUGCAGAGUGAAGCGCGAGCUCCGCCGCAUGUGUUCGCCCGUGUGGAGACUUCGCGCCGGCCCGUCGGACAGAGAGAAACACCCAAAGAGGAGCGAAACUACCGAAGGCUGCGGCCGCCAACGACCCCUGGUUCAGGUCCCGACCGCCGGACUCCUCGGUAGCGGCAACCCCCCCAAAACCGACCCCCGCAUCCCCUCUCACAUGCCUGCGUCGAUGUGGGAGAGAGGGAGGGGAGCGCAGCCGGGGGACGUGUGACUUGUCCCUCUAAACUUGCAGAAAUACGACACGAGAAGAAAGGAAAGAAGAAGAAGAAACAAAAAGAAAGAGUUUGAGUGUGUGUGCGUGUGAGGAGGGGGUGAUAAAUGGAGACGUCGGGUGUGAUGGAGAGCCAAGCGGGCGACCUCCAGAGCUGCGAGGACGUGCGGAAGAGCGGCUACCUCCGCAAGCAGAAGUCCAUGCACCGGCGGUACUUCGUGCUGCGCGCGGCGUCGGAGCGCGGCCCGGCCCGCCUGGAGUACUACGAGAGCGAGAAGAAAUUCCGCGGCAAGGCCCCCGUGCCGAAGAAAGCGGUGGCGCUGGAGACGUGCUUCAACAUCAACAAGCGGGCCGACUCCAAGAACAAGCACAUGAUCGUGCUGUACACGCGGGCCGAGAGCUUCGCCGUCGCCGCGGAGAACGAGGCGGACCAGGACGAGUGGUACCAGGCCAUGGUGGAGCUGCAGUGCAAAAGUAAGAGCCUGACUGACAGCGAAGAAGGGGGCGACUAUGGAUUACUGAAUCCCGGGCCUGCGUUCAAAGAGGUGUGGCAGGUGAAGGUGUGGCCCAAAGGCCUGGGCCAAGCCAAGAACUUGGUGGGCGUCUAUCGCCUUUGCCUGACCGACAAGACGGUCAACUUCGUCAAGCUCAACUCUGACGCUGCUGCCGUGGUGCUGCAGCUGAUGAACGUCCGACGCUGCGGCCAUUCAGAAAACUUCUUCUUCGUGGAGGUGGGACGCUCGGCCGUGACGGGCCCGGGCGAGUUCUGGAUGCAGGUGGAUGACUCAGUGGUGGCCCAGAACAUGCAUGAAACCUUGCUGGAGGCCAUGAAGGCACUGAGCGAAGAGUUCCGCCAACGCAGCAAGUCUCAGUCGAACUCCGGUCCUGGAGGAGGUGCUACUGCUUCAAACCCCAUCAGUGUUCCCUCACGCCGCCAUCACCCAAACCCUCCUCCCAGCCAGGUGGGCUUCACCCGCCGGCCCCGAACGGAGCCCCCAGGAGGAGUUAACAGUGUAGCAGGGGUCAGCAGUGCCAAUGCUUCUCCCACCCCACGGCAUACUUUUCCCAGGUCUCGCACUGCAAGUGAUGGGGCGAAAUGCGAGGAUGGGAUAGGAAGUACCACACCGCUUCAAGGUCCUUGCUCCAGCCCUUCCACCAAUGGCUCGUGCUCUACCACCCCGAUCCUCAGGUCAAAAUCAGCCCGUUCAGUCCCCACCACAGCUGCUAAAACUCCUCUUGGGUUGAUGCGUUCCAUCUCCUCUCCAACGCCCUCCCCAGCCCCGAGCCUCUCCUCUAGCUCAGGGCAUGGCUCUGAGUUUGGAGUCGUGACAUCGGCAGGUGCUGGUCCAGGGUCUGAUGCCUACAGUCAUAUCCCCUCCCAUCGCGCCUCUGUCUCAGGUUCACCCAGUGACUAUGGCUCCUCAGAUGAGUAUUGCUCGAGCCCUGGGGAUCUCACUCUCCCCCCCACCCCGAGCCUCCCCGGUAGCUCUAUUGGUAGUGCUGGCAGCAAGUCCCUUGGCGAGGAGGGAGCCAACUAUAUCAUGAUGGGCCAACGUAUUGGUGGUGCUAGCAAUGCCAACCAAGGGGGCUUUACAUCCAGUUCCCUGCCAGCACCAGUGACACCAGCCUGUGGCUCCCAGCCACACAGCAGAAAAGUUCUGCGGUGCUCCUCAAGUCGUGAAAGUGAAGCUGACCACAGGCUGCUGAGCAAGCGGGCUUCGUUACCGCCGAUGGCCCUGGAGAGGCUGGCCCCACAUCAGCGAAGAGCUGAGGAGCCAACAGAUGAAGAUUCAGCCGAUUAUGCCAUCAUGUCCAGGAGCACCAGCCGCGAGUCCUUUGCUUCCACCUCCUCCGCCCCACAGAGGGAAUCUGUCAUAGGGGCUGGGUCAGCAGGGGGAGGAGGAGGGUACUUGGAUGUGGUGGGUGAGUUUAAAAGUGAAGUGGGUGGAGGAGCAAGUGGUAGUGUGGACAAUGGGUACAUGUCCAUGCUGCCUGGCGUCACUCAGCCUCCAGUAUCCCUGUCCCCGUCGUUGGCUGUCUCUGUCCCAGACUCUGACUCCAAACCUGCUGACGACUACAUGGCCAUGACUCCCAACAACAGCGUGUCCCCGCCACAGCAGAUCCGACCUCCACCAGCUUCUGAUGGCUAUAUGAUAAUGUCCCCCAAUAGCAGCUGCUCCCCUGACCAGCGUGGGGGUCUCUCUGGAGGAGCGUGGGUUGGAAGUGGUAGUGCAGACAGCAGGGCAGGCAGUGACUAUAUGAACAUGUCUCCAAUCAGUGCACGUUCUGUAAAUGGCAGCCCCCCACCACCUGAACACAACAAUCAUUUGGAGACCAGUUCUCAACAGCCGGCCCCCAAGAUGGUCUACUCUUACUAUUCUCUUCCCCGCUCAUACAAACAUAACCCCUCUCCUGGACACUUUGACAAUGGACCCGGACGAGGCAGAAGGUCCAAUGGGAGUUUUACUAGGGGAAUGGGUGGAGGUAGGACUGUGGUAGGGCGUCAAGAGCCAACGGCAGCAGUGAAUGCAGUGGUUGGACGUCACCUGUCACACUCCUCAUCCUCAUACUCCUCCAGCUCAGCCAGCACCGAGAGCCUCGGGGAGACUGAGGACCGAGCUACCCAGACAGUUAGCCCCAUGGCUGGGGGAACGCCGUCCAAAGAUGGGAGUAAGCUCCAGCAGAGACGGGGCUCUGGUGGAUUGUCCAAGCAGGGUAGCCAUAGUAGGAACAGACCAGUGAGCCUGUUUGUUGACGUAUCCAAGGCGAAUACCCUUCCAAGGGUCCGUGAGAACCCCCUGCCCCCAGAACCUAAGAGCCCUGGGGAGUAUGUAAGCAUUGAGUUUAAGGGGGAGAAGAACAGCCCGACUGGGGUCGGAGGAGUGCGCGGCCGGGGUCUCAGACAUGGAUUAUCACUGCCUUAUGGCUCAAGCAGCAAGCAUCAUCAACACAGGCCAACUUCUUGCUUAGGGAACUUUAUCCCCCUUUCCCGUGGCCCCUCUGCCCCCAUCAGCCCCCCAACUCCCUCUGAGUAUGUCAAUAUGGACUUGGGCCCUUCUCCGUCCCCCUCAUCCCUCUCCCCUCUAGUUUUCCCCUCCUUCCACACCCCUCCGACGCCACCAACUCUUGCUCAUGCUCCCAAAUCCUGCGAUGAAGGUACUGCUGACCGUCGUGAACAAGGGGUCGAAGUGGUUGAAGCCCCACUUAGGAAAAGCCGAGAAAGUGUCCCAUCAGUGUCUGAGUCCGAGUCCCCAUCAUCCUGUGGCGACUACACAGACAUGGUCUUCAGCUUGAAUAGCGACACCAUCCCUAGGUCACCAGCCAGUGUCUCCCCCAAAGCCCCUUCCCCCACCAGGACUGAUCCCUCUGUUCCAGUGCUAUCACGGGGUUUAGAUUUCCCCCUCGCCAAACCCGGACCCAACCCAGACCACGGGGCUAAAGUUAUCCGGGCCGACCCCCAAGGACGCAGGCGCCACUGCUCGGAGACCUUCCUUGCCUCGGCUUCCCUUGCUACCUCUACCUCUACUUCCUCUUCCUCCACUGCCUCCCUCUUUCCAGAACACCCCCAGGCUGUGGCCCGCCGGCUGGGCUUUGAAAGCAUGCUGUGGGGGAACGGUGCUGUGACCGACAACCCCACUCAGUUUGCCCUCCCUGGACAGCAGGCCCUUCCCACAAACUCUCAGACCUCCUCCACAGAGCAAGGCCUUAACUACAUAGACUUGGACUUGGCCAACAAAGAGGGCCCCCAUUUGGGUCUGGAUGGACCCUCAGGUAGCCAGGCCCCCUCUCGCCUCUUCUCUGGACUGGGUGGAGGUUCUGCGGUCGUGGGAGUGGGCGCAGCAGUCGUCGGCAGCAGCAGCAGCAGCUCGGCUCUCAACACUUACGCCAGCAUCGACUUCUACAAAUCAGAGGAACUGCGGACGCAUCAGAAUGGAAACAAGGAGGGAACAGAGUGCUGAUGUCGGAGCGUCGUCCUUUGGCAAACAAUCUGGUGCCACUCAGAGAGCUUCAAAGCCUCGCCUGCUCCUUCUGUGACGACCAAUCACAUCGAGGGAGCAGCUGGAUCGGACACGCCCCUGAAGCCCUGUGACGGACUGAUGGAAAUGUUGUUUCUUUCUUUGCUUUUUAUCUCGUCGCUUGUGGAAACCGACAGAUGUGUGUGCCAAAUUACAUUCUUGAAAAGCUAUUUGCUGCUCUCAUUCAAGAGUACAAGCUAAUAAUUAAGGUGGAUAUUUAGUUUAUGGAUAAGAAAAUUAAUGGAAUUAUAUAUCUGCUCAAAAAGUGCCUCAUUUUCAGAUUGUAGCCAUUUUACAAAAAAAUUCAACUUACUAACUGAAGCGUUGAGGUUUUUCAGGAGGGUUGACGUAGUUACAGAAAAAUGCAGCAGAAGAUAAAGAUAGGAGGGGUAGCGUUGCUGCGUUCAUGUCAUAUGGUUUGAUUCUGGUGUUUAGGGCUGAAUCAAUACGACACUAUAUAUGUCAAAUGUACCUCUGUCAGCCGGUUUAACAUUCAUAAAUAUGACUUGGCUGAAGUCGGAAACUGGAAAACACAAUCAAUCUGAACCGACAUGAAUGCAGCAUUAAUAAUGAUAAUGGUACGAGCCAACCUGCUGGCCUUCCCGUCUACUGUGAGAAAUAUGAGCGUAGCCCGCGUUAGCAUUCGGCUCGUUGUGACCCGUGCUGCUCUUAUUCUGUCUUUUUAUCUCUGUUAACUUUUUUUAACAAAGCCAUACACCUAAAGUAUUAAACACACAGGAAACAAAAGGCGAUGCAGUAGCUCGCUAGCUAGCUUAAGCCAGCGAGGUCAGAAGACCAGAUUAGCAUCGCGGCCAAGGCGGAAACUUCAGCAUCCUGCUGACGGCUCAGGUUCAGACCCCUGAUACAAAGCCACGGUAUCCCAUCAGUGCUACUAGCUCCAGCCACUUGUGUCUCCUCUAAUCUACUUUGUCUCAGGAUGCGACAUAACUUUAGGUACGAACAGCGGAGGAUAGAGGGCCUAUCCAUAGCCAUGCUAACGCUAGCUCUGUAGCGGUCAGCACACUGCGUUUAGCACAGCACAAGACGGUCUCUUCAUUUUCAAAUCUGUCGGUACGGAACAUCAAAUGGAUCUGCUAAUUUGUUCUCAGUUAUUUUAUACACUAAGGUACCAAACUGUGUCAAACUAAACACUUUUACAUUUUUAAGCCGGGCGAAUUGAAAGUGCUCUGACCGGAAAUCCUUCUAUAAGACUCCGUUUCUAUCUCCCUCCCUCCUUAUGUCUUUUGCUUAGCCCUUACUUUAAUCUCCGCUAUGCAUCAGCACUUAAGUGCCUGUCUGUCCCUCUCUGUCUGUCUCUCUACCCCUUCUUAGCAGCUAGUACUAAUAGGGCUGUUCUAGCAGAAUAUAUUAUUAAGUCUAUUUUUGUGUCUAUUUUUGUCUCUCUUGGCUGUACAGGUCUCAUGAAUUGACUUGUUUAUGUUUGUUCGGUGAGACAAUGAUCCGUCAGACGACUUGACUGAAAGCCACGGCCCUAAUCGGAGGAGAUUUAGAAUUUUUCUCAUCGCCGGUUAUGGAGGACUUAAUUGUCGCAGGGCCAUCGGUGCCAAAACGCAACAACAACAACAACAAAAAGACAGCACCUCAAGAAGCAACCUUCAGCUCUCAAGACUGGACGUAUUGCUUUGUUUUGUUUUAACAAAUGUGUAAUUUUUUGUGUUCUGCUGUGAUUGUUUUUUUGCAGCGGUGGGGUGGGGUGGGGGGGGGGGGGACAUAUCCGGGCCUCGCAGUCUGCCUCUGUGACACGAGGAGAUAAAGGUCAUCGUGUGGCGAUUUAACCUUGAAUUUGAACUACAACCUUGACCAGAGGGUGAGAGAAGAAAUCCAGGAGAAAAGAAAGUUUUUAAAAACAGAAUACACAUGCAUACACUCUGAGGGGCCUAGAAUAUAACCAUGCAGCUUUAUUAUGAGCAUAUUGGCAUCUGUGGUUGAAAUGGGCUCUAAUAGUGGUUACUAACGCAGAAGUGUGUGGAGGGGAGGGGGGGGGGGGGCAAUUGGGCUCAACACAUGAAUCCUUUCAUGCAGGCGAAACACAUCGUGAUGUAUUUCUAAUGUCUUUUGGAGAUGUUCUCAUAUUGAAACUCAGCGGUUUUCAGCCAAAAUGCUCGAGGGUGCUUUAGUUUAGAGAGUGCAAAACAACAGGCUUUCAGUCCUGAGGAAUGGACUUCAUCCGCCUGCCACUUUGAGCAUCUCAUGAACUUUUUUCUUUCUUCUUUCCUUUAUCGCGAUGUUUCCUUUGAUUGCGUCACGGGGUAAAGCUCCCGUUUAAGCGGCGGUAUGAUUUCAUUCAUCGCAUCGGACGUUCAUCAAAUGUGCAGGAAAGUGCUGCUGCUGUUCUAAAUCGUCUUAUCUCCUCCUCCGAGGGAUGUUACUGAGUGGGAAUAUUGUGAGAUUUGCCAUUGAUGUAGAAAAUUUGACGUCUGUUGCUUUAGAAAAAAGAAAAAAUCAAACAACAAAACAA